AUGUCCGACGUUCGAGUAACUAUCGCUACCGGCACCACAUGGCAAGAAGUCGCCGCGGACCGGCAACGGCACCGGGACGCCACAAUCGGCGCCCUUCAACCGCCAUUGCCGGAACUUGCUCUGAAGGAGUUGCCACUGAACGUGACCGGCCUUUGCCAGGAUACUCUAAGCGAGCAGGAGCUCGCCAUCACCGGGGCCAACGUCGAGGACCUGGCCCCCAAGCUCGCAUCGGGAGAAUGGAGUGCCGCCUCCGUGACCAGUGCGUUCCUGCGGCGCGCCGGUUUGGCGCAGAAGCUGGUCAACUGCGUGACGGAGCUGCUGCCGAAGGCGGCGCUGAAGCGGGCGGCAGAGCUGGACGAGUACUUGGCGGCCCAUGGAAAGCCCGUGGGGCCUCUGCACGGGAUCCCUAUAAGUGUCAAGGAGCACCUCGCCAUGAAGGGGCUGGAUCUUAACGCCGGCUUCGUGUCGUGGGUUGGCAGGGUCGCGGAAGAUGACGCGUUGAUACUCAAGAUUCUUUGGGAGGCCGGCGCAGUGUUCUACGUCCGAUCUACGCAGCCACAGACGCUGAUGCAUCUUGAGACCAGUUCGAACCUCUACGGGGUGACUGUCAACCCAUCCAACACUACUUUGACGGCGGGCGGCUCGUCAGGCGGCGAAGGUGCCCUAGUGGGCUUGCGUGGUUCCAUUCUCGGUAUAGGGACAGACAUUGGCGGGUCGAUUCGCUCGCCAGCAGCAAAUAACGGCGUAUUUGGUUUCAAGCCCACGGCCGGAAGACUACCGGUCAACGGAUGGUCAGCCACGAUGGCGGGCUCCGAGGGCAUCCUGGGCACCAUCGGGCCUCUAUCAACCAGCCUCGCAGGCCUCGAGCUUUUCACCAAGUCCGUGGUCGCGGGUAAGCCAUGGCUCACAUCGCCCGAUCUCGUGGCCAUGGACUGGAAGGAGAACUACUCGCCGUUCGAGGGCAGGAAACUCAAGAUAGCUGUCAUGUGGGAAGACGGCGUCGUGAUGCCUCACCCACCGAUCACCAGGGCCCUGGAGGGAGUAGUGGAGAAGUUGAAGACGAGCUCCGUGGUCGACGUGGUCGAGUGGAAGCCGUGGAGACACGAUCUGGCGUGGGAGAUCAUCGCCGGCCUCUACUUCUGCGACGGAGGGGCCGACGAGACGGCGGCGAUUAAUGCGUCCGGGGAGCCAUGGAGACCGUUGUCGAAGUUCAUUCUCGACGAGAACCCGCACAUGAAACACUACGACAUCGCCUCGCUGUGGGCAGCCUGUGCGCAGCGCAAUGAGUAUCGAGAGAAGUACGCCGCUUUGUGGAAUGCGACGGGCGACGGCGGGGACAUGGUCGAUGUGAUUCUAUGCCCCGUCGGGCCAGGGGUGGCACCGAAACUGGACACGUCGAGAUACUGGGGUUAUACGUCGCAGUGGAACCUGCUUGACUACCCAGCCGUCGUGUUCCCGGCCAAUGACCGUGUAAGCGUGGAGAAAGAUGUUGGCAGUCUGGAGUAUCAACCUCGGGGAGAGAAGGACGUCUAUAACUGGAAUCUUUGGAAGGAACAUGGCGCGGAAGGUUACAAGGAUGCACCCAUCUCCCUGCAACUCGUUGCUCGUCGGUAUGAGGAUGAGAAGCUGCUGAAGGCGUUGGAGAUUGUGCUGAAGCAAUCUGGUCUUCCAGCCACCGUUUCGCAAUAG